AUGAAGAGCUUGUAUUUCCUAUGCUUGACAGCUCUUGCUUUAGCCGGUCAAGUGGAAGCUAAACCAAUUUCUAAAUUGCAUCGUCGUGAUGGUGAUAAAGUAGCCUGCCGUAACUACAAGACCGAUUUUUCCGAGGGACUUGAUGGAUGGGUAGCAGCUUACGCGCCCGACAACACCUUUAAGCAAUCAGACCGUGGACUUGAAAUGUACUUGAUUCGACCUGAUGAAUACAAGGACCCUAAGCACUAUAAGGCUUUGGAUGAUGGAGACGAAGAUGGUCCCCAUAACGAAUUUGUCGGUGCUGGCCCAACAUUUAAUUCGACCACCUACAUGCAUUAUGGCACUAUAACAGCUGAAGUGCAAUCGGCUUCCGUUGGUGGUGCUGUCACCGCGUUUAUUCUUAUGGGCGAUGGCAACGACGAAAUCGACUUUGAGUGGGUAGGAGAACAAGGAAAUAAAGUCCAAACAAAUUACUUUUGGGGACAAAAGGUUGUAACCGGUGUAAACGAUAAGGAAGUCGAUGUCAACGGCGAACCUUCCCACAAAGCUUUUCACACCUACAAAAUCGAAUGGACCCCAGAGCAUAUCAAGUGGUACGUGGAUGGUGACUUGACGCGCACCAAAACAAAGAAAGAAACUUGUGAGGAUAAAGAGAACGAAAAGAAUUGCAAGUUCCCAACACAGCCAUCGCGUAUCCAACUCGGACUUUGGGAUGGUAGUAAACAACCUGGCACAGCAAAAUGGGCGCGCGGACCAAUUGACUGGAGUAAGCAUUCUUCCAUUCCUGCAUACAUCAAGAGCGUUACCUCUGAAUGUAACCCGGAAUACAAUGACAUUAUAAACGACGACGAGAACGAGUGA